UCAUACUCGUAGACGUAGGACCAGCUUUGUGUUGUUUUGGAGAUCGAACGAAGGAGAAGAGAGCCUACCAAUUUGUAAUGAGAAGUAGAACGAGAUCUGCAGAAUCCAGUUGUAGACUUCCUGCUGAGAGACUGGUUCGAUUGUCCUUCUAGCCCCAGAGAGCCCUCCAACUGGCUUGAUCCAGCAUGGGACAAUCCAAGUCUGUGUUCAGCCAAGAAGAGCUAGAAGAGUAUCAGGACUUGACCUACUUCUCUAAAGCGGAAAUUGUACAUGCAUUCGAGCGCUUCCAAGCCCUCGAUCCAGAUCACGUCCGUCAGAAUCGCCAUGCGUCUAUUCGACUAGCAACUGUACUUGCACAUUUUCCGGAGAUACGAGUAAAUCCGUUCGGUGAGCGGAUAUGCAAGCUCUUCUCGUCGGAUGGCGAGGGCAACUUGACAUUCGAGGACUUUCUGGACAUGAUGUCAGUGUUCAGUGAAAACGCCGACAAGGAUGUCAAGACGGAAUGGGCGUUCAUGAUCUAUGAUUUCAACAAUGACAAUGUAAUCGAUCGGUCGGAUCUAACUACCCUUCUCAGCAAGCUGUGUGGAGCAGAGUCCCGUGCACCGCCAGAGGAACAGAUCUCCGAAGAGACCAUGAAGGAGGUCAUUGACAAGAUUAUUUCAGAAGGAGACUUGGAUGAUGAUGGCAUGUUGUCUUAUCCAGAGUUUGAGCACGCCAUCCUCAAGUCACCAGAUUUCUUCGGAACAUUCCGAAUCCGUAUGUGAACAAGUUUCCUGCCACAGUACCCGCCGUCUUCACUGGCUUUCCCCACGCCACCUCUAGUUUCGCUGGUAGGUUCGCAGUGCCCUCGUUGCUUUGCCCUGCUGUGGCGUCAACGCAUCGCCCGUAUCAUACUAUUUUAUUAAUUUCCUCUCCGCUGAUUGCUUCAAAGCUGUACAUAGCGCUCUUUGCUCUGCAAGGCAACACCCCACUAUUCUCUCACCGUCUCAUUUGAUUUGCUUUCGACUUCAUGACACACACACCACUGACUAAAAUCCUCCUCAACGAAACGUAGCUCUUUGCCUACUUUCUGAUCUAUACCUAGCAUGCAUGCGCAGACGCCAUGCAGAACCAUAUCAUCUCGAAUCGAACUAAUUGCUUGAAAUGGAGCCGACUAUAAAUUUUUGAGUACCGAUAUGACUAACGUUACUUUCAUGAAAGCUCUUCUCCCCCUGCAUUCCCUUGUUGCACAGUAGAAUAGUUGUAUUUAUAUUUUGGAAUUGCCUUAGAAAUCCCUGGCUGGAUCUCCUGUUUUUCUGUUGUGCUCUUCCUGCUCGAUUUUAUUCUAUUUUGUGUUUUUUUGUGUAUACCUGGUGCUCUAUUUUUUAACUAGCCACUGUUCUACACGUGCUGUGUGUGUAGCGGUGUAACAACUAUUAUGAUGUACAGCUACAAUCAUUCUAACAUAAUAUAUGCCAUAUUUAAUAUGGCAUAUGCAUGUAUAUUAUAUUGUCAGUAUGGCACUCGGCUGUAUCGCCCUCACGAUAA